CUCCGUGAGGGCGACCUCAGUCCUUCCACAACAUCUAGCGUGAGUGCAUGUGUUGCCGCUGCUAAAAUAGUGACGAGAUAAAAAGUUGACUUUUUUGCAUAAAAAUCGUGUUGUGACUUUUUUUCAAUCCAGUGUGGACUUUGGAUUUUUAUAUCUGUAGCGAAAUCAGGCGAAACUUCAUUAUUCAGUUUUAGAAAUGCUAAGUAGCGGUAUCCCACAAUGAGGUGCUUGUGAUCUUUUAACAUUGGGCGUGGAAAGCGCCUGCACACGUGACGAUGACGUCUGAGCGAGCAAUCCCUCACUUACGUGACAUCUUUGGCCUGAACCAGCAGUACGAUGGAAAGGCCUACGAGGAACACGAGGACAAAACUAAGAAGUCCACAAAAAAGAAGAAGGACGAUUACCGCACCUACGCCAAUGGUGACGUGAAAACCUUAGAGAGACAUCUCAGUAUGAAAAAGACUAUACGGAAAAAGAUUAUGCGUGAUCUCCAGCAGGCUUUCGUUGAAGACCCUAACGAGUUUAAGGUCGAGAAUACAAGCCCUGAAAAGUUGAAAGCUGAACUCAGUGCGGAAGCUGUGAAAAUCGAGAAGAACGUACGGAAAAAUGAUCCGACUUUCUUAGAUAUGCUUCGAGGAGAAACGAGAGGAGAGGAGACGAGGGAGGAACAACCACCCGCGGAGAAAACUAGUUUCUGGCGGCGUCUUACCAUGAAAAACAAGAACAAAAGAUAAUUUAAUAAUGAACGCCGUAAAACACUUUGCUCCGCUUAAACUAAUCCAAGUCUCUAACGUUGAUACAGAUCGUGUCCUGAUAUCUUUAUUCUUUUAAACUGUGAAACUUAUCAGAAACAGUCAGACAAAAAGUUUCCCCUUUCCGUACUAUGGUAAUCGUAAAAAUUAUAAUGUCAGUAUUUUAUAUAUUAUAGUAAAUAAAAGGUACAGAUGAAAUAA